AUAGAAUAGUAUUUCUAUUUUAUCGGUGUUUUGGUACGAAAUAGUAUAGAAUUAAUUUCUGCGCAAUGUCAUGAUUUUAUUGAGUAUUGUUCUCAGAAUUCUACGGCAAUGGAUCAAUCUGAUAUUGGGUUAAAUCUGUAUUGUUUUGGAUGUUUAGCUGCGAAGGAAGACAAGUCAUUUUAUUGCUUCGAUCUACAGAGUUCAGUUUUGAAAACAGUAAUACAGGCUGAAUGUCUCUUCCUCUGCUACCUCUGCAAGCGGGCCGCGCAAAAAGCAGAGCUGUUCAUACAAAAUGUCCAAAGUAACCAUAUUCUGCUUCAGAAUAUACAUAGGAUGGAAACUUCCACCCUACAAUCAGCUCGGACACGAACCCGUGCUCCGCACCAGCUGACUCCGGUGUCCCUAGAUAUCAUCGAGCUAGGAACGGAAUCAACCCAGGAGGUGGAUAGGAGGAACCUUAGCCAUGACAACCGACUGAACGUCAAAUUAGAGAUGAAGGAAGAGAGAGUACCGGAUAAUUAUCAAGAUGAUAACAGCAGCCAAGAGUCAUUUGUAAAAGAAGGCUUACCCCUAAAAGUAUUAUUAAAAGAAGAGAAAGAAGCGGUACAAGUGGAGGAAAGUGCCAAGAAAACCCCCAGAAAAUACAAGAAGAGAAAGAAGAAGAAUGAUGAAGAAGAUGAGUUAGCUAUAAUACCUUUCGAAAUAACCCGUGAGCAAUGCUUUGAGGAGCGAGCCCGCAUGGCGCUCGACCAGCGCUACCUGGCCUCCACGUACAAGUGCACGGACUGCGUCAAGGGGUUCAACUAUAAGGAUAGCUUUGAUAAACAUAUGGAGAAACAUAGCGAGAGCAACGGCAACUACGAAUGCGAUGUGUGCAAGCAGAGAAUGAGUACAGAAGAUAAGCUCGUCGGCCACAAGAAAUACCACGAAAAGCGCUACCGUUGCCCCGUAUGCGGCAUGACCCGCGCCAGUCGGGUGCUGGUCAAGGACCACUACUCGGCCUUCCACUCCUCGCAUCAGAUCAGACACAACUGCCCGCACUGCGACAAGACAUUCACUCGUAAACUGGCAUGGCGGAAGCACGUGUCCAGCGUACACGGUCGCACGAGAGAGACGUGCCAAUAUUGUAAGAAGACGUAUGCCAACAAAGAUGUUCUAAAAGCGCAUAUAAACCUUCGCCAUCCAAUAGAGGGCACCACACCCCCAAUAGUCAAGUCCCACGUUUGCCAAGAUUGCGGGAAAGCAUUCAAGAGUCCUUCGUUACUCAAGAUACAUGGUGUCAAGCAUUCGCCCAACAAAGACUACUAUUGUGUCGAGUGUGACAAGAGUUUCAAAUCGGCGACAAUACUGAAACAUCACUUGAAAACUGCCUCAGUACACGUCAAUUACGUUGAUUUACCUUUGGCGUGCGAGCACUGCGGGAAGCGGUUCGCGAUACGACGCGAUUUGGAGCAACACAUCAACAGAGUACAUCUCAAUAUAAAACCAUUCCAGUGCGACCGCUGCGAGAAGGCAUACGUGAACGUGUGGUCACUGAACGAGCAUCGUCGACUGGUACACGAGGGGUUCAAGCGGCCGCUCAAGUACCCGUGCUCCAUGUGCGACAAGGUUUUCGACAGUAACCAGAUCCUCAAAGACCACAUCCGCACGCACACCGGAGAGCGGCCCUUCCAGUGCAGCCGCUGCCCCGCGCAGUUCCGCCAGGCCAGCACCCUAGGGACACACGUCAAGCUUGUCCACUUGAAACUGACUAGAGAUGGGAGGCCUAAGACUUUGGCUGGCAAAUAUCAGCCUAUACAGGAUCAGGAGCAUUUUAGUCAAAUCCGAUCCAACACAACAGAGUCAAGCCAGUAUGCUGGGGACGCAUCUCGAACUAACUAAAGACCGCAAUGAUUUGCUGACAAAUAUCAGCCGAUUAAGAUCUAUUAGCCCAGAAAUCCUGGCCUACAUACCUAAGUCAGGCCAGUUUACUAGAGGCACAUGUCAAGAUCGUCCACCGUCACGUCUCAUCACGGGAGAUCUAAAUUAGCCAAUUAUCCAUAUAAGUCAACAAAAAUGCAGGCCAAUAUCAAAGUUAAGCCAGCACCCUCGGCACACACGUCAAGCUUGUACACUUGAAACUGACUAGAGAUGGCAGGCCAAAGUUUUUGGCUGGCAAAUAUCCAAUGACCCAGGAUGCUUUUAGCCAGCCUAAUCUUCUUCUUCUUCUUCUUUGUCGUCACACUCUUGUCAGAGUGGUCGUGGUCGUCAUGUCAGGGCCGGUGGCAAGCUUCACAAUCCGUCGCCAUUCCUCCCGUACUGUAGCCCUUCUUGUACAUUCAUGGAGUGGUUCAUUGAAUGCACUUUUGACUAGGUCUGACCAACGCAUUGGUGACCUACCGCGCCUUGUGCCUUCGACUUUUCCCUGCACUACAAGUCGUUCCACAGAUGUAUCAUCUCGACGCGUAAUAUGUCCAAAGAAAGUGAGAAUACGACACUGGAUGAUGGAAGAAAGACGUUGUUUAAUACCAAGUUCCUGGAGAAUUGAGACGUUGGUUCGGAACUGUGUCCAGGUUACGCCAAGCAUUUUUCUCCAGCACCACAUUUCUAGAGCGUCGAUCUUCUUUUUCUCGCUUUCCCUUCCAGCCAGCCAGCCUAAUACAACUGUAGAAUCAAGCCAGUAUACUGGGGACACAUCCCAAACUAACUAGAGACGACAGACUAAAACAAGAAAUGGGCUUAUUUAUGGCAUUGACUUAUACGGUAUGUAUCUGAACGAAAAGCAAUUACUCUAACCCGUUAAUAUUUAGGUCAUACUGAGCAACUUUUACUAUGGGACCAACCCCGAAAACGCGGAAAAAAUUGGAUGUUUCAUACAUUUUGCUGGUCUGAUGUUGAAAUUUCCUAUGGGAGAGUCAAUUUUUUUUUCGCGAUUUCGGGGUUGGUCUCAUAGUAAAAGUUGCUUAGUAUGACCUAAACAUUAACGGGUUUGAGUAAUUGCUUUUCGUUCAGAUACAAGGUCUAUACUCCGUAAAGACGGGCCUUACGGGGCAUUAAGAAUAGUGCCAGUACAGCGGUGUCACGGACACGAAUUCGAGCCAAUCGCGCAGUCUAACGCCACAACGCGGUUGAUGAGUUCUCAUCAGGCGCGCAAUUGGUCGCAACUAGUUGCGUUAGACUGCACAUCAUCAUGAUCAUCUCAGCCAUAAGACGUCCACUGCUGAACAUAGGCCUCCCCCUUGGACCUCCAUUCGUACCGGUUGGAAGCGACCCGCAUCCAGCGUCCUCCGGCGACCGACCGACCGCGGCGGCGAAGAUCGUCUGUCCACGUUUGUUAGACUGCACGAGUGGCUCGAAAUCGUGAGUGACACCGCUGAACUAGCACCAUUCUUAGUGCCCGUAAGGUCUUUAUAUAUAAGUCAAUGGCUUAUGGUUAAAAAUCUUUUUUGUCAUAAGAAUUACAAAUUCGUUUAAAAGAGUAGAGUUGACCACGAAAAAUGUUUUAAUAAUAUUUAUUUGUUAUUACUAUUAAAAUAAUGGUAAGCGAACUGAUUAAAGUAAAUUAGACUUAGAACGGGUUGCACCACGUACAGAUAACAAACUGGUCAACGUUAACACAUUCACUGCCAGCGCGAGCUACGCGUGUGGCCGAUAAUGAUAUUUUUUCCGCUUUGUAGCGAAAAGCGUGUUCUAGGCGAUGAUGUUGAUAUUCUUGUUAACGGUUUCGUGUAACGGCAACAUUUUGGUCUAUAAAAUAAAUGCAUUGAAUGUAUGAUUAUAUUAAUUAGUAAGAUUAUUAUAAAUAAAUACAGUUUUAAUUUCAAA